AUGCUCCCCCGAAACGAUUUUGCUUUAGCCUUAGCGAGCCCCGCAGGCAGUCCUCCGGCCAGGAGUGCCUGCGCGCUCAGGACCGAGGGAAGAGGAGGCAGACACGUUACCGUUGAGCGGGGCUGGGCGGGCCGGCUGUUCCUUAAAGCAGAGGAGCAGGAGGACUGCGGCAGCGUGCAGGCUGCGGGGCAUCGCGCGGCGGGUGCGGGCGCGGGCGCGGGCGCGCCGCCGGGGCUCCUGCUGCCUCUGCUCCCGCGCUGGGGACCGCGUGCGCGCAGCCGGGCCGUGCGAGCGCGCCUGCUCUUUGGGCGCCCGGCGCGGCGCGGGCCUCUUUUAUGGAGCGACUCAGCCCCAACACAUGAUGUCAUCGUGUGCGAGGGAGAACGCCCUGCCUACGGGAGGUCUGGCGCCCCGGGUGCGAGGUAUGGCCACCUGUCUUCCUUGGAACCACUGGAUUUCAAGGAAGAAAACAGGAUGAAGCUUGAGAUCUUGCCUGACUUCAAAUCUGGCUUCAGCCCAAAGUUACUUCAAAACUUGGAUUUAUAUCCGAAGACCAGAGCUUCCUCCCAGACCUCUGUGGUGGGUCGAGAUGUGGGUCUCCGGACGGCCGCCCGUGCUAGCAGCAGCACUUCCUCCAGGGCAGGCAGCGGAGACAAAACCAAAUCUGUGGGCGCCAGUAGCGCAGCGCCCCCCCCCACGCCCCGUUAG